AUUUUUCUAAUUCUCUAUUAGUGGUGUGAUCGGUGUUUAUUGAAGCUGUACAUUGUACUAAGUCUGUUUACUUUUACAACAAUUCGUCUCUGUUUGUUUGUUUAGUCGUUUGUAACUACUAAGCAGAGUUUAUACCAUUCGUUUCGUUGUUUUUAUAAGAUCAGUUGGAAGAGACAAACAUGUGGCCAAAUCAAGGACCUCAUCCACCCAAUCCUGCAUUUCCUCCAUCUGUAAACCCAGCAUAUCCAGCAAUGCCCAUCCCGCAGUGCCCACCCGGACAGAACCCUGCAUAUCCACCUGGCAUGAAUCAACCUAUGACGAUCCCGUACAUGACACCCAAUCAACAUCCCUUUCCCCCCACUGCUCCUGGCCCACAUGCACCUUUCCCUGGAGCAGGACACCCGUACCCCGUCCCAGCGUAUGGAGGCCAUCAGCCGGGAAUGGACGUGCAUGGUCAUAAGAAGCACAAAAAGAUGAAGAAAGAGAAGAAAGCUCAUAAGGUUCACAAGGAACAUAAAAAUAAGAAACAUGGCAAGCAUUCGUCCUCCAGCAGCAGCAGCAGUGAUUCUGACUGACACCACACACAUGAUUAUUCUGCUUGUUUUCAGUUCUGAAUGUCAGGGCAGAUAAUGCAGAUUGUGAUUAUUUGUGAUUAUGUGUGAGCAUUGAGUGUCAUAAAGGACUGGAGUAACUGACCAUAUUCAGCUAUAUUUACUGCAAACAUUUUUAGUUCGACAGUAAAAGCAUUUGCAAAGAUUUCACAGGGCAUCAUGACAUAAGAAUCAAACCCAUGGCCAUGAUGCUGUUCUCUUCCCGCUGACUUACAUGAACGUGUACUGCUGGAUGAUUUUCAAUCAUUUAUAUUUGUGUAAAACAAUGUCAAACAAACACUUGCCUUUAUUGUGAAGACAUUAAGUAAUAUUUUUAUUUUGGAUUUUAAUACACUUUUGUUGAUCUUGGGUAUCAGAAUAUGACACUAAUGCGUGAAGAGUGCUGAUUGAUUGUUAGUUUGUUCUUCAAGCUGAAACUGAUCUUUGUAAUAAUUGUAUUGAUGAAUAGACACCUGUAAACACAUUCCAGCUUAUGAUAAAAAAUGUGUAACAGCGUAUCUUUUAUAUCAUUUACCGUAAUCAUUUCGCUUCGUAUACGUCUUCAAUAAAUAACACAUUGUUUUUUG